CUACUUUGAUUUCAGAUUGAGCACGAAGAUAUAUGUAGCACUUGUAGCAAUUGUGUUUGCCUCUCUGUGUGCGUUUGCACUUGAUUUCUCAAGACAAUUCGACUAUUCAGUAUUUCGCCAGACUGCGAGCGAUACGGACCGGAUACGGGAUUAGAAGCCAGUUGCCGGAACCGGAUAUCGUUGGAAAAGGCGCGUAAUAUUUUGUGAAUGGUGACCCUUUGAAUCACCUUGCGACCACCUGCCGAGUGUCUAGCCGGUGAGUCUCCGGUCAAGCGCCGUAAAAUCCGGAAUCCUUGGGCCUAAACCCACUCACCCCUCACUUCAGAAUGUCAGCACCAGCGGCAGCUCCGACGUCUGCCGUCCUGGACUUUGACGACAUUCUAGCCGAGAUCGGAGAAUUCGGACGCUUUCAGCGGCGGAACUAUCUGCUCAUAUGCCUGCCCGUACUUUUUGCAGCCGCCAACAGCCUGUCGUAUGUGUUCACGGCAGGUUCGCCGACCUACCGAUGCUACGUGCCCGAGUGCGAUAAGGUGGAGGAUGCGGACUAUGGAGCGGAUUGGGUGUCGAUCGCCGUGCCCGGCAGCUGGAGCAAGCGGGGCCAAUUUACGCCGUCCACCUGUGAAAGGUUCGUGGCGAACGGAAGCCACUUUGCAUCCACCUCAGAGCCUUGGAGGUCGUGGCCUUUGGAUCAGUGCUCGGCUGCGAAUUUCACGGCGGAAACGGAGAGGUGCCAUCAGUUCGUGUACGGCAGUUCGGAGCGGACCAUUGUGCAGCAGUGGGGAAUGCACUGCCAGGAGAAUCUCUGGAAGCUGGCCUUCGUGGGCACUGUGCACUUUGCCGGCCUGGUUGUGGGAACAGCUCUCUCCGGAUACCUUGCCGAUCGGUAUGCACCGACUGCUUACCAUUUAUGUUUAUGGUCUACAUACACCUAUUUUAGAUAUGGACGCAAGCACAUCUUCCUGUUCUGCAUCGUGUUCAUGGCGCUGACGGGAGUGGCGCAGGCGCUGUCCUGGGACUACAUAAGUUUCCUGGUCUUCGCCUUGUUGAAUGCGGUGGGCACAUCCGGUGUUUACCCGCUCGCCUUCAUCAUCGGAGUGGAAAUGGUCGGACCGCGCAAGCGUGAGAUGUCCUCCAUCGUGCUCAACUACUUCUAUGCCGUGGGCGAGGCGGUCCUUGGCCUGUCCGUUUUCCUGCCCGACUGGCGGCAAUUGCAGCUGGCGCUCUCGCUACCACCGCUUAUUUGCGUGGCCUACUUCUGGCUGGUACCGGAGUCCGUUCGUUGGCUGCUGGCCCGUAAUAGGCGGGAGCAAGCGGGUGUGAUCAUCCGGCGGGCGGCCAAGGUUAACCGGCGAGACAUCUCCGUCGAGCUGAUGGCCAGCUUCAAACAGCAGGAGCUGGAAGCGGAAGCCAGCCCUGAGACUGAUGUCGAGGGUGGCCUGGACGUGCGGAAGGAUGACAAGAUCUGGUUGGCCAUCAAGGAGGUGGCGGGCUCUCCCAUUUUGAUGGGCAGAUACGCCAUUCUGCUGCUCAUUUGGGCCGUCAAUGCCAUCGUCUACUAUGGACUUUCGCUCAACGCCACCAGUCUCAGUGGCAACAAGUACCUGAACUUCGCCCUGGUUUGCCUCGUCGAGAUUCCUGGCUACAGCCUCGCCUGGCUAUUCCUACGGAGAUUUGGCCGACGCAUGGCACUUUCAGGCUCCUUGCUGCUCUGCUCCAUCACGUGUGUUGCCAGCGGAUUCGUCACACUAGCGCAAGGAGAUUGGAUUCCCUGCCCAACUGGAGGCGAGAGUAGGCACUCGUGGAGUUGUGCCAACUGGCUGGUUGUGACGCUCUUCCUUGUCGGCAAACUGGGCAUCACCUCCUCCUUCGCUGUUAUCUACACAUUCACUGCGGAAAUGAUGCCCACGGUCAUUAGGAGCGGCGGCGUUGGUGUCAUGUCCACAUUUGCCCGCUUCGGUGCGAUGCUGGCUCCAUUUGUGCCUCUAUUGGCUUCGUACUAUGACCCACUACCUCUGCUUCUUUUCGGGAGCUUAUCGCUUGUGGCUGGACUUCUCUCGCUGUUGCUGCCGGAAACCUUCAACCGAAAACUACCCGAUACGGCAAGUAAUCUCCCGAAGUGUUGGAACCACAGUGUUCAACUUUCCCAUCUCCACAGGUAGAAGAGGCGAUUGCAUUGGGGAAAUGAUUCAUACAGCAGCCUAUAUUUUUCUAAAAACGCAUGUUGCUGAGGCUAAAAAAUACUCGUAAUAAAGUGUGGCUUACAAAAGGA